AUGGCUGGACAACGGGCCUCGCGGAUCAAGGUUGACAAGAACAAGAAGCGGAAGCGGGAGAGCAAUGAGAACGAGGUAACGGCCAAGAGGGCUCGUCCUCAGGAUGCAAACGGAGAGCUCGCUGAGCCAAUCUCGACCAAGGAUUUGGCCGAGAGGCUUGAUCGUUCAGAUGCCGCCUGGAAGAUCUCCAAGCCUAUGGGAGGACGCAUGCUGGACAUUGAUCCGAUUCUGACCGACGAUGGAGAACACUUGAUCUUGACCUACAACACCUCAAUCCAAGUAUUUUCAGCCAUCGACUCUCUCCUAGUGAGACGCAUACCUGUCAGCAGCAUCGACAACUCCGCAGUGCAAGGCUCAAAGCCCGCUUCGAUCGUUGCCGCCCGCCUAUCGAAACAAGAUGCCAACGUCGUUUGGGUCGCUUGCGCGGACGGCCAAGUAUACCGCAUCAACUGGACUCAGGAGUCCAAGAGCCUCGAUAGCUUCCAGACCGCCUCCAAAACGGCGCGUGCCAUGUCUAUUGUGCCCUUCGGUGCCAAGAAUCGCCCCAAGGAGGUUGUCAUCGUGGCUGAGUCGGACAAGUCGACGCGCACUGAACUCGUGGCAUACGAAUGGGAUGCUUCGUCGGCGCCCAAGUCGAAAUCUCUCGUCUCUCUCAAACGCCAGGGCACCGGCCUUCAACUCCUCGAAUCGACCAAAGACGGCCAGUUCUUGGUCGGCGCCAUCAACGACCGUCUGUUUCUGGGUGUCUCCAAGCAGUUGCCCGCCAAGUCGGACAAGCUACAGUACGAAUUUUACUCUUUCGACACGCCGGAUCUCAUCACGACUUUGGAUCUACGCGCAUACAAGCGAUCUUCAAAGCACGCCCGCAACGAGACCGAAAAGGUUGUCGAUGUGAUCGUCGGUGGUGCUCGCGGUGGCAUCUACCUGUACCAUGACGCCAUUGCCCGAUGCCAGGCGACCGAGUCUGGCAAGCAAUCCGACAACACAAUACACGCCCAGAAGUACCACUGGCACCGCAAGGCCGUCCACUCGGUCAAGUGGUCCAGAGAUGGCAACUACAUGAUCUCUGGUGGUUCCGAGAAUACGCUGGUGCUGUGGCAAAUGGAUACUUCCAAGAAGGACUUCCUUCCCCAUCUUUCAGGAAGUGUAGAGAAUAUAGUGGUCUCCGCAGAUGGCGCUUCCUAUGUGGUACAUCUCGACGACAACUCGACAAUGAUUAUCUCUACCUCCGAAAUGAAGCCUUCCGCUUAUGUAUCCGGCAUUCAGUCCGCCGCCGCGGAUAUUCAGACUCCCAAGGAUCAACUUGUCAAGCGUGUCUGGGAGAUGCAAGACCACGUCCGCCAGCGUAUUCCUGCCGCCAUCCGCUCCAACGCACCAUCUCGCCUGCACGUCUGUGUCGGCACUGGCAGACAAUCCACCAUGUCUGGCCGCUUCUCUGCGCCGCUCCUCCAGGCAUUUGACCUCGAAACCUUUACCAGCAUCUCAAAGCAAGCUCUCGCAAGAACACAACCCACCGAUAUCAACAUGACGAACAAGGGCCACAUCAUUGAUGAGCCUCUUGUUACACACGUGGAAUUUUCCAGCGACGGGAAGUGGCUCGCCAGUGUUGACGACUGGCAGCCUGCUGCUGGAGACAUUGACAACGUUAGCCCUGAACUAAGGGAGCAGUUUAUUCGAGAGCGUCGUGAAGUCUAUUUGAAGUUUUGGGAAGUCGAGGAUGACAAUGAGCCUGUCGCCCUGGUUUCGCGAGUCAACGGACCCCACGCGACGUCGGCGUCUGAGCCUGUCUUGGAUCUUGCGUCUGACCCUUCAUCGACAUGCUUUGCAACAAUUGGUGGUGAUGGCCUUGUGCGUUUGUGGCGCCCAAGAACGAGACAAACCAGCGGCAUUGUAUCCAAGGGUGCUACCGGCAAAGACACUGUUUCUUGGAGCUGCGCACAGGUGAUCCCGGUUGGCGAAGGCCAUGGAGCGGGUGCCCUUACUGACAUGGCGGCCUCGUCUGCGCCUCAAGGCACAAUUACAUACUCAGAAGAUGGCUCAACGAUAUUUGCCGCCUUUGGCUUCUCCGAUCUUGGAUCAGUAUACGUGAUUGAUGCGGCCGCCGGAAGAGUUGUUCGCAUCCUCGAGGGUCUCUGGGAGGGCAAGUUGCACGCUAUCCGCACGCUGUCGCCAUUUGUUGUCAUUCUUUCGGAUGUUCUCCACGUCUACGACAUUGUAAGCGACGAACUCCGCUACGGUAUUGUGGUGCCUCAGAUCACCGGCAUGGAGGAUUUACUCCAACUUGCUGUUGACCGCACUUCUGGCCACUUUGCUGUCACGCUGCCGAUCGACAACAUCUCCAGCAUUGGCAUUUUCAGCCCCGAGGACCCCGAGCCCUUGAUGGUCCGCAGCACACCGCACCGCAUUGUCAGCCUGACUACAGCCCCCGGAACCAGCGGCUUUCUUGCCCUGGACGACGCUGCGCAAAUAUGGACAGUCACUGAAGGCUCCGACCCGUCUUCGAUAGUCACUGCCCAGCCGCUCCAGGAUAUUCAUCUGGACGGCCAUGUGGAUGAGGAGACUGCGAGUGGAGAUGUUGGGGCUGCCGCAGAAGAGGACGUGCUGAUGGCCAGUGACGACGAAGAAGCUGCCGAGGACGGUGUCGCAGACGACGAGAUGGACAUGGAUAUCGACGACGUGCCCACCAGUGUCAUUUCACAGCAGAGCCUGGCCGAUAUAUUCAACGCGGCGCCGGCCUUUGCUGGACCGUCCGUGGAGGACAUGUUCUACAAAGUGACGGGGCUGUUGGGGACGAAGCCGCUGUCUUCUUGA